GAUGUGUUAUUUGGUUUCUUCCUUCUUGAUCAUUUGGUGUUUAAGUAAAAUGAGGCACAGGCUUGUUUGCCGAGUGGAGUGGGAAAGGCAUUUUGAUUUGCUGGCCUAAUUAAAAAAUGAUAAAGGAUUAAAGGAAAAGGUGGACCUGGACUGAAGGGUGUAAAAUCUCUGGACACAUUCCUGGGGCAGGAAAAAGAAGAGGAAGAUUAGAAGAUUUUUUUUUUUUUUUAAGAGAAAGCCCAGCGGAGCUAAACGAAUGUCCCCUCAUCUCCAAAGGAAAGUUCAUCGGAUUUUUAUUCUAGAGAGCUCAUCUUCAGGAUGUCAGUGAACAUUUCUACUGCAGGAAAAGGUGUGGAUCCAAAUACGGUUGAUACUUAUGACAGUGGUGAUGAUUGGGAAAUCGGGGUUGGAAAUUUAAUAAUUGAUUUGGACGCUGAUUUGGAGAAGGACAGACAGAAAUUUGAGAUGAAUAAUUCCACCAACACCACUAGCAGCUGCAACUCGAAGGAUUGUGGAGGUCUGGCCUCCAGUGGGGCCGGUGCUACGGCCGCCUUAGCUGAUGGCCUAAAAUUUGCUUCUGUUCAGCCCUCUGCUCCCCAGGGGAAUUCACACAAAGAGACCAGCAAAUCAAAAGUGAAAAGGAGUAAAACUUCUAAGGAUGCUAAUAAAUCUCUGCCUUCGGCUGCCUUGUAUGGGAUUCCCGAGAUCAGCGGCACUGGCAAGAGGCAGGAAGUCCAAGGGCGCCCUGGAGAGGCCACUGGCAUGAAUUCAGCGCUGGGUCAAAGUGUGAGCGGCGGCGGCGGCGGCGGCGGCGGCAACCCCAACGGCAGCAGUCCGGGCACGGGGCCCUCCGCUGCCACCGCGGGGGCGGCCUCCUGUGGGAAAAGCAAAGAGGAGAAGCCAGGUAAAAGCCAGAGCAGCCGAGGCGCCAAGCGGGAUAAGGAUGCGGGGAAAUCCAGGAAGGACAAGCACGACCUGCUUCAGGGCCACCAGAAUGGCAGUGGCAGCCAGGCCCCUUCCGGGGGGCACCUCUAUGGCUUUGGGGCCAAGAGCAAUGGAGGUGGCGCGAGCCCCUUCCACUGCGGGGGCACUGGGAGUGGCAGCGUCGCGGCUGCUGGGGAAGUUAGCAAAAGUGCCCCGGAUUCAGGGCUCAUGGGAAACUCUAUGUUGGUAAAGAAGGAAGAGGAGGAGGAGGAGAGCCACAGGCGAAUCAAGAAACUGAAAACCGAGAAGGUUGACCCCCUGUUUACAGUGCCAGCACCACCACCACCGAUUUCCAGCAGCCUCACGCCUCAGAUUCUGCCCUCCUACUUUCCCCCAUCUUCAUCCAAUAUUGCAGCACCGGUCGAGCAGCUUUUGGUUCGGACUCGUUCUGUGGGUGUCAAUACAUGUGAAGUUGGAGUAGUGACAGAGCCAGAGUGUCUGGGGCCCUGUGAACCUGGCACCAGUGUGAAUUUGGAAGGGAUCGUGUGGCAUGAAACAGAAGAAGGUGUUCUAGUGGUCAAUGUCACGUGGAGGAACAAAACUUACGUAGGGACCCUACUGGACUGCACCAAGCACGACUGGGCCCCUCCCAGGUUCUGUGAGUCCCCGACCAGCGACCUGGAGAUGAGAGGGGGCCGGGGCCGAGGGAAGAGAGCCAGGUCUGUCGCGGCGGCUCCGGGCUCGGAGGCCAGCUUCACCGAGUCCAGAGGGCUGCAGAACAAGAACAGAGGGGGGGCCAAUGGGAAGGGGAGGCGGGGCAGCCUCAACGCCAGCGGGCGAAGGACACCCCCAAAUUGCUCCGCCGAGGACAUCAAAGCCAGCCCCUCCUCCACCAACAAAAGGAAAAACACCCCGAUGGAGCUUGACCUGAAUUCAGGCUCCGAGGACAAUAAGCCCGGGAAGCGUGUCCGCACGAUCAGAAGCACUCCGACCACUCCUCAAGGGAAACCAGAGACUACUUUUGACCAAGGCUGCUCCUCUCCAGUGUUAAUCGACUGCCCCCACCCCAACUGCAACAAAAAGUACAAGCACAUUAACGGCCUGAGGUACCACCAGGCUCACGCACACUUAGACCCAGAGAACAAGCUGGAGUUUGAGCCGGACAGUGAGGACAAGAUCUCGGACUGUGAGGAGGCGUUGAGUCACGUGGCGCUCGAGUGCAGCGAGCCCAGCACAAGCCUUUCGGCUUACGAGCAGGUGAAGGCGCCCGUGUCGCCUGGCUCCGGGCACCCCCCUGACCCCAAAGGGAAGAGAGAGCUGAUGAGCAAUGGUCCGGGUUCUGUCGUCGGCUCUAGCGGCAAGAACUCUGGCAAAAAGAAGGGCCUUCACAGUGAGCUGAACUACCUCCCGGUGAUCUCCAACAUGACGGCGGCCCUGGACAGUUGCUCGACGGCAGACGGCAGCUUGGCCACGGAGAUGCCCACUGAAGCGGAAGGCUUGAUCGACAAGAAGAAUGCGGGCGACAAAGAAAAGAGCAAGAAAGCCAACAACUGCAAAAUGGACAAAAACCUCUCUAAACUUAAAACUGCCCGGCCCAUUGCCCCCCCCCCCCGCGCCCCCCCCCGCCCCCCGCAACUCAUCGCCAUACCCACUGCAGCCUUUACGAGCACCACCACGGGGACCAUCCCCGGACUGCCCUCCCUCACCACGACUGUUGUGCAGGCCACACCAAAGAGCCCUCCGUUGAAACCCAUUCAGCCAAAGCCCACGAUUAUGGGGGAGCCCAUCACCGUGAACCCAGCUCUUGUGUCCCUCAAAGACAAAAAGAAGAAGGAGAAGCGGAAGCUUAAGGACAAAGAAGGGAAGGAGUCGGGGAGCCCUAAGCUGGAUGCCAAGCUGGGCAAACUCGAGGACGCCAAGGGGGCGGGGAAAGAUUUAUCUGGGCAUUUUUUAAAGGACCACCUCGGCAAGAGUGAAGGGCUGGCCAACGGACUGUCGGAGUCUCAGGAGAGCCGGAUGGCCAGCAUCAAAGCCGAGGCUGAUAAGGUUUACACUUUUACGGACAACGCCCCCAGCCCGUCCAUAGGCAGCGCCUCGAGGAUGGAGUGCAGCACUUUGGUGAACGGCCAGGCGCCCAUGGCCCCACUGCACGUGCUCACCCAGAACGGCGCGGAGACAUCCGCGGCCAAGACCAGCAGCCCCGCCUAUUCGGACAUUUCCGAUGCGGCGGACGAUGGUGGUUCCGACAGCCGGUCAGAGGGCAUGCGGUCCAAGGCCAGUUCCCCGUCAGACAUCAUUUCCAGUAAGGAGGGUGUUGUCAAAGGGCAUCCUUCGGCUACAGCACAAUCAUCUCAGAUGAAAGAGUCCCAUUCCCCCUACUACCAUGGCUACGACCCUUACUAUUCCCCGAGUUACAUGCACCCCGGGCAGGUCGGAGCCCCUGCCGCUGGGAACGGCGGGAGCACGCAGGCCAUGAAGAUCAAGAAGGAGUCCGAGGAGGACGCAGAAAAGAAAGACAAGGCGGAGCAGCUGGAUGCCAAGAAGGUGGACCAUUCCUCGGCACCCUUACAGCCUCAGCACCAGUCGGUGAUCACACAGAGGCACCCUGCCUGGCGCAAGUCCCUUUACUACGGCCAGUACGCCUACGGGCUCUAUAUGGACCAGAAGUCCCUGAUGGCCAGCAGCCCUGCCUAUAGACAGCAGUACGAGAAGUACUAUGAGGACCAGAGGCUGGCAGAGCAGAAAAUGGCGCAGGCUGGCAGAGGAGAUUGCGACAGGAAGAACGAGCUCCCCUUGAAAGAGCUGGGCAAGGAGGACAGUAAACAGAAAAAUCUGCCAUCUGCCACAAUCUCAAAAGCUCCCUCUACCCCGGAGCCUAACAAAACCCAUUCUAAACUAGGGCCGCCAGUGCCUAAUAAAACUGAGGAGACAGGUAAAUCACAGCUUCUCCCCAGUCACCAGCAGCACCUUCAGGCCGACAGCUUCAAAGCUAAGCAGAUGGAAAACCACCAGCUUAUUAAGGAGGCUGUAGAAAUGAAAUCUGUCAUGGACUCUAUGAAGCAGACAGGUGUAGACCCAACCUCGAGAUUUAAACAAGAUCCAGAUUCAAGGACAUGGCAUCAUUAUGUAUACCAGCCCAAAUACCUGGAUCAGCAAAAGUCAGAAGAGCUUGAUAGGGAAAAGAAAUUAAAAGAGGAUAGUCCCAGGAAGACCCCCACUAAGGAAGGGGGUGUGCCCAGCCUUCCCGUAUCACUAACGAGCAUUAAAGAGGAGCCCAAAGAGGCCAAGCGUCCUGAUUCUCAGUCCCUGGAGGAGAGCAAGCUGAAAAAUGAUGAUGGGAAGACGCCUGUGAACUGGAAGGACUCUCGGGGAGCGAGAGUGGCGGUGUCCUCACCCAUGAGUCAGCAUCAGUCCUACAUACAGUACUUGCAUGCUUAUCCUUACCCACAGAUGUAUGACCCCAGCCACCCUGCAUACCGGGCUGUCUCUCCCGUCCUAAUGCACAGUUACCCUGGGGCCUAUCUCUCUCCGGGAUUUCAUUAUCCUGUUUAUGGGAAGAUGUCAGGGAGAGAAGAGGCAGAGAAAGUCAAUAGCAGCCCCAGCAUCAACACUAAAACGACGACGGAAUCGAAAGCCCUGGACUUGCUCCAACAGCACGCCAACCAGUACCGCAGCAAGUCUCCCGCCCCCGUGGAGAAGGCGACAGCAGAGCGGGAACGGGAGGCAGAAAGGGAGAGGGACCGUCACUCCCCCUUCGGGCAGCGGCACCUGCACACGCACCACCACACCCACGUUGGCAUGGGUUACCCGCUAAUCCCUGGUCAAUAUGACCCUUUCCAAGGCUUGACCUCCGCCGCCCUUGUUGCCUCUCAGCAGGUGGCUGCCCAGGCAUCUGCAUCAGGAAUGUUUCCUGCACAAAGAAGGUAA